AUGAAUGGUGCAUCGGAUACCCGGAAAAGGGCAAAGUGGGCCUUAAUCCACUUCUCACCCACAAAUGCCUUAAUCCACUUCUCACCAAUGAAUGGUGCAUCGGAUACCCGGAAAAGGUUCAAACGGUGCCAAGACGAAACCCGGAAAUGCAGCACCGCACGUCGGCGACAGCACAAGAGGAAGGCAGGCGAUGAAGAUUUGGAUGUGGCGGUUAUCGCAGAUGGACCCAAGUCACCUCCACUCUCGAGGUCCAGACAGAAGAGAAAGAAGAAGUUCCAAUCGACUGACGAGGACAAAGUUCGCACCAGAACUAUCUUGGUAAAGGCAGCAUCAGACAAGGAUUUGAAUCUGGCGGGUAUAGACUCUGCGGCCGAUGACAGAAAUGUCCGGGAGGAAGAGACAUGGGUUCGGACUCUUAGAUAUACUGCGCGGGUCGCCGAUAUUGCGGAGAUUCUGUGA